AAUGACUAAGACUUUCAAAAGAAAAAUAAAGACUAGUUCAGCUGCUUCAGCAUAUCCCUUCCAAAAGCAAAAGCUCUCUCUCCGUUCUUCUCUGAACAGAUCCCACCCAAAAUACAAUUGCUUCUUUUCCUUACCUGUUCCGUUGUUCAAAUUGAAACCCAGCACGGGCAGCCGACAGGUCCUGUACCCAAAAUACUAUUUCUUCUUCUCCUUACCUGUUCUACUGUUCAAAUCGUAACCCAGUUACCCAGCACCAGUAGCCAGCACACUUGCAGUUGCAGACAACGCAACCAACACAGUUGCAGACGACGGUCGACGGUGAAGCUCUCUCCCAGUCUUCUUGUCCUCUAAAAACGUUUCCAGACAGUCGGAUUCGCAUAUAGUAAGCGUAUCGACGACGUAUCCGGAGGCCAACUAGUCAACGGAUACGUUCACAUACGUAUCCGGCGCGUAUCGGGCCGGAAAUUACAGAAGUAAAAAAAUGGAAGGUAUAUUCGACAAGCACGCAGAGGUUUACUUGGUAGGAAGGCCAACUUAUCCCAAGGAAUGGUUUUCCAUGCUGGCUACUCUCUCACCAAAUCAUUCUUUAGCUUGGGAUGUCGGCACUGGCAAUGGCCAAGCUGCUUUUUCUCUUGGAGAGCAUUAUGAGCAAGUAAUAGGGACUGAUAUGAGUGAGUCCCAACUGAAGCUUGCACUCCAACAUCCUCGAGUUCGUUACGUUCACACUCCGAUGGCCAUGUCUGAAGACGAUUUGGUUGAGUUAAUAGGGGGAGAAAACUCAGUUGAUUUGGUGACCGCGGCAGAGGCCGUGCACUGGUUCGACCUCCCAAAGUUCUACUCGGUCGUCAAGCGCGUUUUGCGUAAGCCAGGAGGCGUAAUUGCAGUUUGGGGCUACAACGAUAGCGUAACAGACCCCGAACUUGACGAUGUAUUGAAGCGUUUUCGCGAAGCAUGUAAACCGUUUUGGGACCCGAAGAUGGACUACUUGUGGGAAGGGUAUAGGACACUUCCAUUUCCAUUUGAGAGCGUUGGUUUGGGUUCUGAAGGUCGGCCUGCGCCACUGGAAAUGCCAAAGGAGACGUCAUUUGAAGGGGUGGUGAGGAUGUUAAGGUCCUACUCUGGAGUCAAUGCAGCUAAAGAUCAAGGUGUGGAUUUGUUAUCACAAGAGGUGAUUGAAGAGCUUCAAAGAGUUUGGGGUGGCCCUAACUUGGUCAGAAAAGUUACUACCAAGGCAUUUAUGCUUGCCGGAAAAGUGUAGGCUGUAAUUUUGGAAUUUGAACUUUUAGUGACCGAAACCCUAAUAAGAUGGACUAAUCCACAUCUUGUUAUAUUGGGAAUGAAUUACAUGCACAUGUUUCCUUA